UAUGCUCAGUACGAAAGUGUCUCCGCGCACAGACGGAGCGAAUUAUUUUAAGUUAGGGCUUAGCAAGUUUGUGGUGUCAAAUAAAUUAAUGCAGUGCUAAAGUGAUUACUUAUUUGUGCAAUAAUAUCAAUAGGUAUAUAUACUUAUGCCAUGCAUAAGCAAGAAAGUAAAGAGAUCAUAAUGAAAGUGAAAACAUUCGGACAUUCAUUUUUGCCCAUCCAGUUACUACUGUUAAGCGCGCUCGCUACAAGCACUGCAAAGCCCACAAACACAGCCAGCGAAGUCAUAUUCGUCAACACCACGGCAGCGGUCGACAGUCUACAGCAUCCAAACGCAGAACUUAUUCUAAGUGCGAAUAAUGACACAGCAGCGACGACAAAAGCGUCUGCAGUGAAAGCAGCGGAUAAUGGACUGAACGAAAUCGAAAGUGAAUAUCGUUUUGAAUAUGCGAAGAAAAUGCUCACGUAUAUGAAUCAAAGCGUUGAACCGUGUGAUGAUUUUUACGAGUAUGCCUGCGGCAAUUGGAAGAAUGUUAUGGGCGAACAUCAGUCGCAGCAUAAACGCACCAAUAUGGAGGAUAUAUUCUAUAGUUUAGGAGAAGCCAUACAACAAUUACUCUCGGAUGAAAAACUACCAAGAGUUGAUUUCGCCUAUAAAUCAGAAUUGAAUUUGACAAAGCGUAUUUAUAAAGAUUGCCUAGCGGCUGAUCUAUAUCCGUUGCAAAAGUCCGAAGUAUACUUGGAGGUUAUCAAGUCGAUUGGUGGCUUUCCCGCAGUCGAUCCGACAUGGAAACCGGAUAACUUCAGCUGGUUCAAUAUGAGCGCACACCUGACCAAUUAUGACGUUAUCGGUUUAAUUAAAGAGGAAGUACUGCCACUAUACCCAUUCCCACCAUAUUUCAAACUACCCGAUUUGGGCUUUGAAUAUAUCGUGCAUUCCGACAAUAUACACUCAAAUAGUUCAAAGGAGUUAAAUGAGAAACAUAUGCGUAAUUAUCUUCGCUUGUAUGGUGUUGAUGAUGAGCAGAAAAUCGAUCAGAUCAUAGCCGAUAUUGUGAACGUUUGGUCAGCAAUACUCAAUAUCACCAAGAAUUUUGAUGAGGAUCUAGAGAUAUGUGAGGUGCUCUCGGAAGUAGUUAUGAACGAAGAAACGUUCCCGCUAUGGGACAGUUAUUUGGAAAUAGCUUGGAAUGGCACGCAAUUCGACCUGGAUGAUGAGGAUACUUGGCCAUGCAAUUACUUUUACAACCAGCUGGAUAAAUUAUGUAAUGCAAAUAAAGAGGCGAUAGCUAAUUAUUUUGCUUUGAAAUUUAUCUACCGAAUGGAUGCACAUUUGCAAGAUAAGAAAUUUCAAACGGAGCAUUGUAACAUGAUCAUACAGUUUGUAUUGCCGCAUCUGCUGGACGAAAUCUAUAUGGAGGAAUACUUUGACAAUGAAACUCGUCGCGAAAUUAGCGAUAUCGUCAAAGAGGUACGCAAGAGUUUGCAUGAAAUAUUAGAGCAAGCCGAGUGGUUAGAUGACGAAACACGUGAGCAAGCGCUGCUUAAGGAGGCAGCUAUCAAGCCAUAUAUUGGAAGUCUUGAGAAUAAGAAUAUAACAAAUCGUUUGAUAAAGCAAAUCAACCAGUUUAACUAUGUGGAAGACAAUUACGAACUAAAUUUGGUCAACUUAUUUAAAUUCAGCACAAUGCAACGACGUUUCAACGGGCUACAUCACAAAGAAUAUGACAGCUAUACAUUGAAACCGUUAGAGCUAUUGAAGGCUAAACAAGUGAAAGCCGUUUAUAAGAAUGUGGAUAAUUCCAUUUAUAUAAUGGCUGGCAUUAUCCAUCCACCCGUCUAUCAUAAGGCGUGGCCAGCAGCACUGAAAUUUGGUACUAUUGGCUACUUGGUGGGACACGAAUUCACACAUGCCUUCGACACGGUGGGCGUGCAUUACAAUAGCGUUGGCGAAAAUAACUACUGGUGGUCGGCGAAGGCUGGAAAGGUAUUCAACGAGCGCGAAGAGUGCUUUGUUAAUCAAUACAACGCGUAUGAGAUAUCUGAAAUCAAACGUUUUGUGGAUGGUAAUCAGACCAAGGACGAAAAUAUUGCCGAUAGUGGUGGCUUACGAGAGGGAUUAUCUGCAUAUCACAGGCAUGUGAAGGAAUUGAAUUUAUCACCAAAAGAUGAACAGAUGCCCGGACUGGAUCUAACGCCCGAGCAGCUGUACUUUAUGGGCUUCGCGCAACUAUGGUGUGCUUCCUACGAGGAGCGGCACUAUUGGGAGGAGCUUAAGAGUGAGCAUGCAGUGGAAAAAUUUCGUGUUUUAGGCACGGUUACGAAUGUUGAAGAUUUUAGCAAAGCUUACAACUGUCCUGUUGGUAGUAAAAUGAAUCCAGCCAAGAAUAAAUGUCGGAUGUGGUAAAUUUGGAUUUAAUACUUGCGAGCGCAUGAAAUUAAUUUAAGCUUUCAAUAUUGACGUAAAAAACUACUUAUGUAUGUAUUUUAAUAUAUGUGUAGUAUAUGUAUAU